AUGAGGCGCAACCUUCUUGCAGUACCCGUUGGAAACUCUGUAAAGCUGGACUGUUCUGCCGAUGGAAACCCUCGUCCUACCGUGAAAUGGUACAAAAACGGAAAACAUUUUAAGGAAAGGAUAGGUGGAAACAAACUGUAUUUGAGUCGAUGGACAACCUUGUUGCGUUUGAAGGACUUGGUUCCCUCUGACACUGGAUCAUACAUGUGUAAUGUGAGCAACUCAUACGGGUGGAUUAGUCAUACAUACAAAGUAGACGUUCAUGGUAAGAAGAAAAAUCCUUUAAAUUUUUCUGGCUAAUGCAGACUCUGAGGAGUAUUCACGGUUUUCUUUAGUUGAAAAAAAUAAUCUUCAAACUCUUGUGAUCAAUGUAAAUCCCAUUAAAAAUAGUCAAAUUAAAAUAAACAUUGCAAGUAACGAAACAAUGGAUGUUUUUGGUUUAGAUUGACAGUAUUGACAGUACUCUCUUUUCAAUAUUUUAGAACGAACUCGUGCUGAACCAGUUGUUCUACCCAUGGAAAAUGUCACAGUUUAUCGAGGAGAGAAUGCCACCUUAACAUGCAAAGCAUCAAGUGAUUCCAUGCCUCAUUUCCAGUGGCUAAGGUGGUUUCCUCUCCGUUCCAACGGUUCGGCCAACAGUUCGGCAGAUGAUUCAAUUGAAACUCCUCACUACGAAAUCGUGAAUAAAGAAGAUACAGACCAACAUGUAAUUUUGCCUCCAAGUGACGGCAGAAUGUUUGAUUUCCACGGAGCGAAGUUGACUUUGUUUAAUGUCACAAAGAAGGACGAAGGAAAAUACGCUUGCAAUGUGAGAAAUGCUGUUGGUUACGCAGUCGAACAUACUUACAUCAUUGUCCAAAACAUGGGUAGGUAAAACCAUAAUUAGAUUACUAAUUCUUAAUAGUUUUAGUUAUCAUUAACUUUAUUAUUUUCAGAUUAUUAGGGGCUUUCUGUGAUGUGCUCAUAGCAAUAUGUUAUUAUUGUUGUUCUUAAUUCUCCGACGCGUUUCAUCCAACUGUCGUGAACUUCUUCAGUGAGUUCUACGAGUUAAUACGAAACGCCUGUAUUUAUAAGCCAUAGCCAGCGGCUAUUACUAGGGACAGUGACCUAUAGGCUUGGCUUGACUUGCGAACGGGAACAGGCGAAGUUAUGAAAAAUUUUUAACAUUUUUAAAGCAAGGUGAGAAAUAUAUGUAGGGGCCACGGUUUUAGUUUAGUGUUAACUUGUAAAACUUAGCGAACAAGUCGACGAUAGUUAAACGAAACUGGUCGCAGAAUUAAGAAGUUUUUUAAUUUCUCUUCGCAGAGUGCUACCAUUACUUGUUUAUCACAUAAAUGGCAAAAUAUUUGAGGGAAUUGCAUUUGCGCGCGAUGUCCGCGCGAUGAAACCCUUUCAAUGCCGCUACAAAUGUCAAAACAAACGUAACAGUUAAAUGGAUUCAUUGAACACUUUAUUCUAAAAAUACAUGUACAGUUAUCAACGUUACAUGGCUUUAUUCAGUUACAUUGCAAUCAAUAAAUCUUUGCCUCAAACAGCAAAAAGGCUCAGUUAACAUCAAAUAAUCAUGUCCUCUUGAUUACCAAAAGUGCCCUCGUGAUUAAGAAAAAAUGUCCUCUGUCUCAGCCAAUCUGCUCUUAGUAAUUUUGCCUCGCAUGUGAUAAAACUCUGAACCGUCACCAUAUGACCAGUACUGUAGAACACUUAAAAUAAAAUAUUGUUCAGACUGUUACCUAAAAUGUGUUAGAAAGGGGGAGAUUCCGGACGGUUGUCGAGAAGUUCAGUGCUCAAAUGCUGAGGCUAUUCUGUGCUUCACAGGUGCUCCAAGAUUUACGUUGCGGCAAAUCACGAUGAGGCGCAACCUUCUUGCAGUACCCGUUGGAAACUCUGUAAAGCUGGACUGUUCUGCCGAUGGAAACCCUCGUCCUACCGUGAAAUGGUACAAAAACGGAAAACAUUUUAAGGAAAGGAUAGAUGGCUACAAACUGUAUUUGAGUCGAUGGACAACCUUGUUGCGUUUGAAGGACUUGGUUCCCUCUGACGCUGGAUCAUACAUGUGUAAUGUGAGCAACUCAUACGGGUGGAUUAGUCAUACAUACAAAGUAGACGUUCAUGGUAAGAAGAAAAAUUCUUUAAAUUUUUCUGGCUAAUGCAGACUCUGAAGAGUACUCACGGUUUUCUUUAUCUGAGAAAAAUAAUCUUCAAACUCUUGUGAUCAAUGUAAAUCUCAUUAAAAAUAGUCAAAUUAAAAUAAACAUUGCAAGUAACGAAACAAUGGAUGUUUUUGGUUUAGAUUGACAGUAUUGACAGUACUCUCUUUUCAAUAUUUUAGAACGAACUCGUGCUGAACCAGUUGUUCUACCCAUGGAAAAUGUCACAGUUUAUCGAGGGGAGAAUGCCAACUUAACAUGCAAAGCAUCAAGUAAUUCCAUGCCUCAUUUCCAGUGGCUAAGGUGGUUUCCUCUCCGUUCCAACGGUUCGGCCAACAGUUCGGCAGAUGAUUCAAUUGAAACUCCUCACUACGAAAUCGUGAAUAAAGAAGAUACAGACCAACAUGUAAUUUUGCCUCCAAGUGACGGCAGAAUGUUUGAUUUCCACGGAGCGAAGUUGACUUUGUUUAAUGUCACAAAGAGGGACGAAGGAAAAUACACUUGCAUUGUGGGAAAUGCUGUUGGUUACGCAGUCGAACAUACUUACAUCAUUGUCCAAAACAUGGGUAGGUAAAACCAUAAUUAGAUUACUAAUUCUUAAUAGUUUUAGUUAUCAUUAACUUUAUUAUUUUCAGAUUAUUAGGGGCUUUCUGUGAUGUGCUCAUAGCAAUAUGUUAUUAUUGUUGUUCUUAAUUCUCCGACGCGUUUCAUCCAACUGUCGUGAACUUCUUCAGUGAGUUCUACGAGUUAAUACGAAACGCCUGUAUUUAUAAGCCAUAGCCAGCGGCUAUUACUAGGGACAGUGACCUAUAGGCUUGGCUUGACUUGCGAACGGGAACAGGCGAAGUUAUGAAAAAUUUUUAACAUUUUUAAAGCAAGGUGAGAAAUAUAUGUAGGGGCCACGGUUUUAGUUUAAUGGUAACUUAUUAAACUUCCUGAACAAGUCGACGAUAGUUAAACGAAACUGGUCGCAGAAUUAAGAAGUUUUUUAAUUUCUCUUCGCAGAGUGCUACCAUUACUUGUUUAUCACAUAAAUGGCAAAAUAUUUGAGGGAAUUGCAUUUGCGCGCGAUGUCCGCGCGAUGAAGCCCUUUCAAUGCUGCUACAAAUGUCAAAACAAACGUAACUGUUAAAUGGAUUCAUUGAACACUUUAUUCUCAAAAUACAUGUACAGUUAUCAACGUUACAUGGCUUUAUUCUGUUACAUUGUAAUCAAUAAAUCUUUUCCUCAAACAACAAAAAGGCUCAAUUAGCAUCAAAGAAUCAUGUCCUCUUGAUUACCAAAAGUGCCCUCGUGAUUAAGAAAAAAUGUCCUCUGUCUCAGCCAAUCUGCUCUUAGUAAUUUUGCCUCGCAUGUGAUAAAACUAUGAACCAUCAUUAUAUGGCCAGUACUGUAGAACACUUAAAAUAAAAUAAUGUUUAGACUGUUGCCUAAAAUGUGUUAGAAAGGAGGAGUUUCGGGCGGUUGUCGAGAAGUUCAGUGCUCAAAUGCUAAGGCUGUUCUGUGCUUCACAGGUGCUCCAAGAUUUACGGUGCGGCAAAUCACGAUGAGGCGCAACCUUCUUGCAGUGCCCGUUGGAAACUCUGUAAAGCUGGACUGUUCUGCCGAUGGAAACCCUCGUCCUACCGUGAAAUGGUACAAAAACGGAAAACAUUUUAAGGAAAGGAUAGGUGGCUACAAACUGUAUUUGAGUCUAUGGACAACCCUGUUGCAUUUGAAGGACUUGGUUCCCUCUGACGCUGGAUCAUACAUGUGUAAUGUGAGCAACUCAUACGGGUGGAUUAGUCAUACAUACAAAGUAGACGUUCAUGGUAAGAAGAAAAAUCCUUUAAAUUUUUCUGGCUAAUGCAGACUCUGAAGAGUACUCACGGUUUUCUUUAUCUGAGAAAAAUAAUCUUCAAACUCUUGUGAUCAAUGUAAAUCCCAUUAAAAAUAGUCAAAUUAAAAUAAACAUUGCAAGUAACGAAACAAUGGAUGUUUUUGGUUUAGAUUGACAGUAUUGACAGUACUCUCUUUUCAAUAUUUUAGAACGAACUCGUGCUGAACCAGUUGUUCUACCCAUGGAAAAUGUCACAGUUUAUCGAGGAGAGAAUGCCACCUUAACAUGCAAAGCAUCAAGUGAUUCCAUGCCUCAUUUCCAGUGGCUAAGGUGGUUUCCUCUCCAUUCCAACGGUUCGGCCAACAGUUCGGCAGAUGAUUCAAUUGAAACUCCUCACUACGAAAUCGUGAAUAAAGAAGAUACAGACCAACAUGUAAUUUUGCCUCCAAGUGACGGCAAAAUGUUUGAUUUCCACAGAGCGAAGUUGACUUUGUUUAAUGUCACAAAGAGGGACGAAGGAAAAUACACCUGCAUUGUGGGAAAUGCUGUUGGUUACGCAGUCGAACAUACUUACAUCAUUGUCCAAAACAUGGGUAGGUAAAACCAUAAUUAGAUUACUAAUUCUUAAUAAUCUUAGUUGUCAUUAACUUUAUUAUUUUCAGAUUAUUAGGGGCUUUCUGUGAUGUGCUCAUAACAGCUGUUUUUCUUACCACAUUUUGACGUCAUCUGUGAUAUGUUACUGAACAGACGCACGGCAACAUGGAAUUUAUUUGUUAACCUUUUAACCCAUAAGAGUGACUAGCAUAUAAUUUCUCCCUAUAAUAUCACCCUUGAAUCAAACACAUAGGUAAUGAUAAUAGAAGAAAUGAUCACAAACUAAAGCAGCUCUUGAUUAUCAAGAAAAUUCCCUUUGUCAGCACCUUAGGAAAUGUUUAGUGAAUAGUGUGGAGAAACGGAUACUGAUGUUGGGGGUAAAGAAUUACUUCGUUAUGUGUAAUUCAUUGUCCAUGAAUCCCUUGUAAACAACUACGCAGUGGAACAUGCUUACAUCAUCGUUAAACAAAGCCGUAGAUAAGAAUGAUUAAUACACUGAGACUCCCAGAAGCCUAGGGCUCCCAUUUUCAAGGCUUUUUUCUUCCUUUUUAUGAUAAAGUAUUUCGUAAUUGUUAUUUGGAAUUUAUUGUCAGUGAAUCCUUGGUUAACAGUGAUGUUUUCCUCGAGUUUCCUUCUUCACAGGAAUCAUGACAGCUCGAUCUAGGUUUUCUCCGCUAAUAAUGAUAUUAAUAAUAAUGAUAAUAGCAAUAAUAUGACCUUACGUCAGCUUUUCCAUUGGAAGGCUUUUUAUCUGAAAUAUCUGAGUAUAAAUACAAAUACAAAUAUAAAUGAAUAACAUCUAGAAACCAUGGAUCAUAUAUCGUGGAAAAAAAUUAGUUGUGGCUAAGUAAAUAGAGGAAAUUUUCGAAAGUAAAAAAAAGUGUUUAGUCAGGACAGUUACGACUUGUUACAGGAAGUUCAUCAAAUAGAGAUGUUUGAAGUUUUCUUCCCACAUUAGAUUUUCGUCGACUGAUAUGUGUUCCUAGCAGCUUUAUCCUAACUGUGAAAGGCCCCUACCUUUUGUUCCAGGUCAUAGCUGAAAUACGCUCCAAGAAUUUUAAUGGUGACGCAAAUAUUGUUUUGGAAAGUUUACUUUCUGUGAAGUACCGUUUCUACCGGCAAAUAUUUCCGAUUUCCCUCUUUUUUCAGAUUCCCCUACUUCUAUCUAAAUAUGAAUCAAAAAUGAAUUUAAAAUCUCCUCUCAAUACAAUUAGACUUAUCAACUGUCCUCAUUGCGUCUGAAGCGGAUUUGAAAAAUCCACUUCGUUCAGCGCAUUUAUUUGGAGCAGAAAUGUUGAUUAGUAUAAAUGCAGAUUCUUGCAUCGAAGCUUGCAGUACAAGAUAUGACGCUGAUCAUUAAGCUAUGACGAUAAUAAAUCUAGUUGUUCCCUAACUAGGAUAAGCACACCUGAGCUAUGUCCUGAAUUUCGAACGGAAGGAAGGUGUGACAGAGAGAUAGUGGAAGGAGUGAAUUUUGAGUUAUAACAACAACUCAGAAAUGGCAUUCAGCCAUUUUCCGAAUUGAAGAAAGGAAAUUAACGAAUGAAUCAAAUAAAAAGUAGAUGUGCACUGCGUACAUUUAGGUAUCCUGUAUUCUAUAUCUCUCUUAACGAGACAUGAGAACUGCUUCUACAGUCUCAGUUCCCCAUUGAGCACUACAAUGCACAACAUAUCACGUAAAAUGCGUGCAGUACUUGGUCAAGAAGUCUUGAACCCUCGAUUAUUGCAAUAUCUUGUUAACUGAAGAGGAAAAUAUCCUUUAAAAAUCCGAGAUGUUGCUUCAUUCAGAACCCUGAGUACGGCAAGCUGUGCAUGUUAUCAAUGUGGGCCUUGAGUUGAUCAUUCGUUACAUUUAUUAUUACCUUUCAGCCCCUCCCAGUUGUGACCUCAACGGAUUAAAGUGUUCUUUCACCCCAGACGAGUUUGCAGACUUGAAUGGAACGCAUUACAAUGACAGCACUCUUUUUCCUGAGACAGAACACAUUUCUAAUCUCACUGGAAACGGUAUGGAAAGCUUUGGUACAUAUUCACUGUGAUGAACAUGACGUAAACCGUGAAAUUCUUAAAACUCUGCUGAGAGAGUGAGAUAAUGAAAUAAGUUGAGUCUCUGCCUCUUUAGUCCAUCAUGCUUCCAAAUAGAUAAAUAUCGUUGAAGCUAAAGGAAACUUCUGGAUCGUCGAGCGUAAACUGCUACCAUCUUCCAUGAAAUGUCUAAGACAUGCUCCUAUGUUUUAGUGAAUAGCUGUAAUUCCUUUCAGAUUAACGUCCCUCUCUCUCAUAUUGAAAUAUUGCGGUUAUUGUGGAUGGAAAUCGCCCAUAUUUUUGGUACUUGAACCACAAUUUGAUAAUUUAGGCACCGGGCUCAUAGGAAAGUAAAACCUCAUUUGCGACGCAAUGAAGCUUAAAGUGGAGAAUUGACGCCUAAUGCGAGUGAAUGAGGGUGAAGAGUCCGGAGUGCGUCCAUCUCCUCUAACCUAUAGUAGGAAAACACCAACUUAUAUCGUCAAAUCAUACACUCAAUUUCACCUUGAAUUUUUCUUGUCAGGUUUACUUAACCUUCUUUUAUUCUUGACGAUUAGAUAUAUAUAGAAUAAUACAUGGCGCGCGUGGAUAUGGAAUUUCUCUUAGAGUGUUUAACUCGAUAGAUCACGAGUGAGAUGUCGAGUUGAACACGAGAAGAGAAAUUCCAUAUCUACAAGCAACCAAGUAUUAUUUUGUUUAUCAUAUAAAGACAAUAGCCCUUUACUGAGAAGAAAAGCCGACUUCAUUUAUGAAUGAAUAUAAAUGAUCGACAACCCUGAAUAACAAUCGUAGAGUGCGUUGGCGCUAACUCCUAAGAUGGAAAAAUGCGUUUAAUCAUGAUUACAAAAAAAAUUUUUAAUUUACAAAAUUCUCAUCCAUUGACUUUGUCUUUACCGACAGAAGAAGUCUUUCAGGUAAACGACCAAAAAUCGUCGAUUUUCAUUCUCAGUCGAGAGAAAUACUAACACCAAAGCCACUGAAUACGUAACUUUCGGUUUUUCUUUUAGUAUAUUGGUUUUCUUCCACUUCUAGGAAAGUUUGAACCCCACAGUCUGUCAGCGAUACGGAUUUUUUAGCGUUUUAGCUGCCGUUAUUCGAGAAAGCUCCGACAAACCACUUGUAUUGAGAAUCGUGAACGCUUUGCCAUUCAUUCAUCAACCUGACCUAGCUGAUUGGCUAUAUCAGCACACGUGAAAAAAAUACGAUUUUUUUUACGUGUGUUGUUACGGCUUUUCUCUGGGCCGGAAAUCCCUAGAAAACACCGCAGUAUAUGUGAUAAAAUAACUUUGAUAUGCAAUUCGUUCUUCAGAAAAGAAGACUCGUGAUGUUCUUGUCUCUGGAACCGUCUUGGCAUGCGUGUUAAUUACUAUGGCCGCCUUAAUCAUUAUCUACUGGCGCCGUCGAUCCCGAAAUAAGAGACCCUUAUUGUCGAGAUCACCGUCAGGUAAGUCUAACUUUAAAUAUUGGGGUUGGUAGCCUAUAUUUUAGAGGUUCAGAGCUCUUUUUCAAAUAUCCCUAGUUUGUAUAGGGUUUGAACUGAAACUUGAAAGCUUAUAUUUUUUCAGAAAAAACUCUCUCCAAAAAGUCCCUUUUUUAAAUUAUGAAUUUCAAUCUAGCUAGCUGUAACAUUACGUUAGUAGUGUUUUCACUUGGUACUGAGUAUAAACUUGACUCCAAUAAUUUUGAACAUAGAACUCUCAGCUAACAAUGCAUCCUUAUUUUUGCUUUCAGAACUUGAAUUUGAGUACGAUGCGUUCGUUAUUUUCAGCUCUCAAGACUCGGAUUGGGUGAUUAAAACUCUAAUUCCAACUCUAGAAGAAAAACAUGAUUUUAAAUGCUGUGUACACUACAGAGAUUUCGUUAUUGGCGUACCCUUUCGUGAAAAUAUGGUCAACAGUGUUUACAGCUCAAGAAAAACAAUUGCUGUCGUGUCAAAGAACUUUUUCAAUAGUAAUUAUUGUGGUUCUGAAAUGGAUUACGCCCUCCAUCGACUUGUGGAAAGGAGAGAUAAUAGUGUGGUCGUGAUCAAACUUGAUGAUGUUGACAGUAGAAAACUUCCCAGGGAGCUGCAAAAAAGGAGUUAUAUUGACUAUCCACAGAAUGUUGAAAAGGAUCACUGGGAAAGAAAACUGGUAAGUUGUUUAACGACUUCCAACGACUUGUGA